AUGGCCCGGAAAGCCCCUUCCACUGGCCUUCCUGCGGCCACGCGCUGCAUCUGGGUUGUGUCGCCCACCUUGUUGCAAACGUCCGGGAGCUGCGAUGCCCUACUUGCCGAGCACCCUGGCCGCCCCAAGCCGCCACUUGAUUCCCGCCCACCCGCCGCGCCUGCAGCGCCUGCCGGGACCACUCCGCUGCCAGCCGAGGCGGCUUGGUACAACCAACGCCCCCCAACUGCACUAGCGGUUGGGCAGACGCACAGCUGGCUUUUCGUUCCUCCGCUGCAUGCCGCCGUCGGCCGCCUGCACAGCGACGCGCUGGACGCUUGGCAAGCCCACCCCGACUUCGCCCCAAUAUGGCAGCGCUCCCCUGUCGAGCCGGCCGCGCUGGUGCACGCGUUGCACACCCUGCAGCAGCUUGCUACCGAAGAGGGGCGGGCUCUUCCCGUGGUUGAAGCACAAAUCUUGCUGGCCCUGGCAGCAGAGUCCAAUGCGCUACCCCAGAACACGCUCGUUCACUUACCCUGGGCAUGGCAACUCGCUGCACUUCCCGACGGAUACAUACCUGCCACGGUUCAGGAAGCGCUGUUGCACGUGUUCAUGGGCGAACGGGAGGCUUCAGAGCUUCUGAGAGCUGUCGACGCCCUGACCCGGCCCGGCCCGCCCGCUCCCCCGCCACCAACAUGUCCCCAGGCCGAGCAUCCCACAGUCAAUGCUGGAGGCGCCCCGGAACAGCAGGACCCACCCGAGCAUUCCUCCAGCAGCAGCUCCAGUAGCUCCUCGGCAUCUUCCAGUUCUGAGGCUGGCGAGGGGCCUGCUGCCCGCCAGGUGCACGGAGAGUUUGACACACUGCAAGGCCCGCAGCUGCGGGCGGCUUUGGCCAGUUUGGACCCUGUUUCGGUCGAAGACGUUCUUUUGCAGCCUUGCCAGAUGUUCCGCACUCCGCCCGCCUUUUGCAAACCCCAGCUGCGCCGUGCACUACGCUGGGUGCUCCGCCUCAUUCGCGACGCUACGGGCCUGGCCCCACGCCAGCCACACUCUCUUCCCCUGCUGUGGAGCGCCCAUGGAAGCUGUGGUUUUCAGCAUUUUUCCGGGGGGAGUGGGAACCCCUGCUCGGAGCUGCUCUCGCUGAAGCGCGGGCAUCGACCGGCCCUCACUGCCGAGCCCCCUGCCGCCCCAACUGAGGCCACACUGAGGGAACUCACCGACCCUGCACGCCGGCCAGCGGAGCCUUACCGCCCGCUCCCGCAAGAUCUCCUUGAAGCCGCUCCGAAUGCCCCCAUUGCCCUUGACCGCCCUGCGCUGCUCGCGAAUCUCCGACGAGCGCGCCGGGCUGCUGCACCAGGCCCCAGUGGCUACACCUCUGAAGUCCUUCGCUUGGUGUUGGACGAGGAAGAGGCAUCGCAGCUCUUCUGCGAAGUUGCUUCCCUCCUCGCACGUGCACAAGCCUUGCCCUGGGGCGCCUCGUCGCCAUCAGCAAGCCUAGCGGAGGGACGCGAGGGCUGGUCGUUGGUGACACGCUACGACGACUCGUAG